CAGGCUCUUAAUGCAGGGGAGUUAAAUAACCAUGUGAAGAACGAUAGAAUAGACAAGGCCGAGAGAAGAAUAUUGUUCGUGCCAGCUGCCAGCCUCUAGGCUACUGGAGGAAUGCUAUGAAAGGGAUCCAGAUACACCACAGAGAUAUAACACCUUCAGUAUGCCCAUCAAUAAUCAAAAACACCACCGUCUUUCACCUGCCCGAGAUUCGAUCUUUCCUUGCUAGACACAUUGACUUCAGUCCUUACAUCAAUGUUUCACAGUCUAUGGACGCACCGUCCGGUGGGACCGUGAAACAGGACGCUCCCAUUUGGGAAGCGCGAUACUACUUCCUCACCGUACUGGCUGUCCGCCUCAGCCAGGUCACCAUGGAAUGGACCGAACUAGUCCACGCCGUUGAAAAGAGCCUCGCACCAUAUAGCGAAAUCGACGAAAUCGCCCUCCUCAGCUUCGUCGAGAAAGGCCUCGGGCUGGAACGCACCAAACAGCGGACCUGGACGCUGGGGAUCCUGCGACGGUUGCGCAACUCCCUGGCGAAGCUGAUCACGGCAUGGCACGCUUUCGACAGCGAGCAGAGCUCGUGCCUCGAUCUGGACGCGGCGGGGGCGCUGCCGGACAGAUUCCGCGAGAAGUUCUCGCAGAUGCGGGGGAAGGUGUCCGAUGUGCUGGUCCACGCCUCCGCCCUCCUCGAAAGCAUCACCGCAACCCGCCAAGGCAACAACAUCGAAAUCCUCAUCUACAUCACCAUCACCUAUCUCCCUGUCUCACGCAUCACAGUGCGUCCUUCAAUCACACAGCCCGGGCGAUCUGCUGAUUCGAAACAGAGCUGCUUCGGCAUGAACCAGGUCCCUAGUGAUGUGGCGCGGUGGUCCUACUGGGUGUCCAUCAUCGGUCUGACCGUUUUAACGGCCUUGGUGGCGUUGACGUUACCAUUUGGGCUGGCUUGGUGGAAGGCUGGGGGGUUAUGCAACGUGUGGAGGGGGAGGGGGAGGGGGAGAAAGGGAGGAUGAUAAUUGGGAAUUGGGAGCGGAGUUACUAUUAAUUAGUGAGACCGGUUGAGCAACACGUUCUGGUGCUCAAAGUGGAGGUAAACAUGUUGAGUUGUAUAUGUGGUAUACAGAGCGAGAAUGCAUUUUCUCUCCAAGUAUAGA